AGCUGCGAGGGAAUCCUGCGGCGCUCUUAGGAGUCAGCACCAUGGCAGAAGACAUCAAGACCAAAAUCAAGAACUACCGAACUGCCCCUUUUGACAGCCGCUUCCCCAACCAGAACCAGACCAGGAACUGCUGGCAGAACUACCUGGACUUUCACCGCUGCGAGAAGGCAAUGACUGCUAAAGACGGUGACGUCUCCGUGUGCGAAUGGUACCGGCGUGUGUAUAAGUCCCUCUGCCCCAUAUCCUGGGUGUCAGCCUGGGACGACCGCAGGGCAGAAGGCACAUUUCCUGGGAAGAUCUGAACUGGCCUAUCCCACUUCUUCCCUGUCCUUCAUCCUUCUCCCAGGGUGGUGAAGGGGGACCUGGUUACAUAAUGACCCCCACCCUGGGAUCCUGAAUCAUGAUAUAACUAAUAAUAAAAACUUACUGGAAAAAAA